UGUAUAGCUAUAAGAAGCUAAAAAUACUGUGGGCAGGACUCGGUACUGUGGUAAAGGGGGCUGAGAGCUGACAGGGUUUUUUUGUCAGUGAACAUGCAGGGGGCCUGUAACUCAUUCAUUACUCCAAACAGCAUCCAGUUACUCAUCUGCUGUAUUUAGUGACAGAAUAUCCUCACUUUGAAGGUAAAGGGAAGGUCAAUUUGUCUGAUCAGAUCGGAAGACAAAAUGUGACAAACAUCAUGGAACAGGCAACAAUAAAAGCUGAGUAGGAGCGUGAGGAAAACCUUUCUAAAAACAUCAAAAGGAAUGGUUUCCAUGAAGUUGUGGAAAGAAAUCAUUCUAGAGUGCCCUGAUUUUAAAUAAGACUCCCACUGAAGAAGCAGGUGUGUGAUUUGUCUGGGUUCCACACAGGCUGCAGUCCUCUGGUUUUACAUGCUGCUCUCAGCUCGGCUGCUGCAUUUGGGACAUCUGCUGGACGUGGACAUUGUUAAACCUGGUGAAUCGGUGCUCAGCUGGUCUCUCCCCAUUCAGGGGUAAAGUGAAUUUUCUGGAAUAGAGCAGCUGGUCCACUUAUCGCCAUGAAUACAGACAGCGGUGGCUAUGCUCGCAAACGUGCUGCUACAUCUGUUAAAUUAGCCUCUGUGAAGAGAGUGCAAAGCUCACCCAACUUGUUGCUGGUCGCAGGUACCGAAGCACAGACACAAGAUUCAGAUGUUUGGAGAUCGUUCAAAGUUAACGACAGCGUCAGAGGGACACUAAAUGGAGAAACGCACAGCUCGUCCCUGGCAGCCAAAGGAUUCCGGAGUGUCAGACCAAAUCUUUCAUUUCCAGAAAGAAGGACUCCUCCACAACAGUUUCCCUCACCACCACCUAGAAAGGAAAGCUUUCAUUGGGGUCCAUUAAUGGGUCCUGACAACCACCAUGUAACACUUAGCUCAACCCAAGAUCUUACACAUGGCAAUUGGCCAUCACCCCCAAAAUCUAGCUUACCAAUAACUUGCAGUAUUACCCGCUUGACUAAUAAGGAAGAGUACUCACUCAGUUCAUCGCAUUUGUUUCAACAGACCAGCACAACUUCCCCUUCCAUACAGCAGACGGCAGUCGCCCAGAGCUUAACUCACAAAGUAGUUGAUAAUCGCACUGCCGACACUUCACUUCAGAAAAGUCAGGGCACCUCCCAAGACCGUAAAGUCACUGCCAUCAAACUAACCUUGCCAGAGGAUCAGAUCAUUGCUAAUACCCACAGAGUGAAACAGCCUGACAGCUCUGUGCAACCCUCACUUCAUUCACUUCCACUCGGCGAAAGGACAGAGCCUGAGAGACACACAGCCUCUCUUUCCAUUCAGAUAGCUCCAGCAAAUGUGUAUACAACAGACCCUGGGCUCAACAUACAAGGAUCUGCAUCAAACAGUGGAAGGAAUCUUCACAAGGACACGUUUGAAGUGCAAUCUUGUGCACGCGCCUCAGGACAUCAUCGGAUGGUGGUGAACGGAAAUUCUUGCACCGAUAGCAGCAGCCCAAUGAGUUAUUUGCAAAGGCCUUUCUCACCAUCAUCAGCUUAUUCUUCAUCACCUUCAGUAAAUCCAAACAUUGUUGCAAUGCAGCACAGCAGAACCGUGGAGAACCUAAGUACUUCACAUCAGAGCAAAUCACCUGGUGCUGAUGUAAUGAGCAUUGAACCUGUUUACAGAACAUCAGAAGAGGAGAAGAAAGUCACAGUAAUUAAAGCACCGCAUUAUGCAGGAAUUGGGCCAGUUGAUGAAUCUGGAAUACCCAUAGCCAUAAGGACGACAGUGGAUCGACCGAAAGACUGGUAUAAGACGAUGUUCAAGCAAAUACAUAUGGUGCAUAAGCCAGAUGAUGAUACAGAUGCAUUCAGUGCUACAUAUGCAUAUGUUUAUCCUGAUAAUUACAGCGCAUUCACCUCUGUUCAGGCGCACCCACCUCCCAAGACACAUACUUACCGGCCUUUAUCAAAAAGCACCUCAGACAAUGGGGUUGAAUUCUUCAAGGAAUCUGCUCCACUACCACCGCCUCCACCUGUUCCACCACUUUCGCAACCAAGACUGAGAGAAACAGACUCCACCGAAAAGAACGAGUGGGAUCCACCUGACAGAAAAGUUGAUACUCGGAAAUAUCGGGCUGAACCUAGAAGCAUAUUUGAAUAUGAACCAGGAAAGUCAUCAAUCCUAGAACAUGAGCGACCAUUGAAUGCUAAAGAGGCACAGCUUUCUAAAGACAGGAAGUUCAGAAAGCCUCAGUAUGAGGUUCAUAAAGAAAAAAUACCCCAGAGAAAGAAGACUGCAGAAAGUAAGAUGCCGUCAGCCCAAAGUGUGCGAGAAUUUGGCCUCAGACACCAAGAAGAGCCGAAAUGGGUUGGUGGGCGAAUAACCCCAGAUGAAAUAGAUUUAGAAAACGAACCCUGGUAUAAAUUCUUUUCAGAACUGGAAUUUGGACACCCGCCUCCCAAAAAGCUUUUGGAUUAUCUGCCGGAAAGUUCUGCCCAUGUUUCGGCUGAGAAUAUAAAGACCUCUUUUUAUAAUACUUCGAUAGAUAGACCAUUGGAGAGACCUUCCAGUGCCACAAGUCCUGCAAGCGACUACAGAAAGAGGCGGAAGUCUGAACCUUCAGUGAACCAUCAGAGAGCACAGAGUGAUCACACAAUGCAGAAGGGCAGUGUUGACCUCCAUGGAAUGACCAGGAGGUCACUAACUAAUUCUUCACCAUCUUCACCAUCCAGAGUUAAAGGUGGGGAUGUUAGCAGAUCAUACCCACCCCUGCUUAGCUGUGUACUUCAAAACCAGAAUGCUUCUCUUAAGUUAGGUCACAGUAGUCGCCAUAGCCAGCCCCUGGUUAUAAUCACACCCAGCCCAAAAAGAUCUGUCCUCUUCAAGAAUGGCUGGCACCUGAACCGACAAAAUGCUGAAGCUUGGAGCAGCACAGAUGAAGCCACUUCACCGAAGCAGAAGUCUCGCAGUUGUGACGACCUGUUGCAAAAUGACUACGUUGAUGUUCAGGAGGAGCAGCCUAAGUCUGAGAGCAUGGUGACAUUACUUUGCGAAGAGCAGCCCAAAGGAGAAUACUCCAGAGGUUGGCUUUCACCUCACGGGACUGGGAAUGGGAAGCCCCAUAGAUCACGCAUUCGCUGCAAGUCAGCACGCGGUGGCAAAGGCUUCUUGAAGUUGUACAAAAAAAUGCAUCAUAUAAACCGCAAUGAAUUAAUCAAUCCAGAAGUAAUCUGUACUGUGAAAUCCAGGGUGUUACAAUAUGAACAGGAGCAGCACAGAGAUAUCUUCUCGGAAUGGAAAGAAUUUUCCAAUGAGGUGCCUCGGGACAUGGUACCAACCAGAAUCUCUGAAUUUGAAAAACUUAUCAAGUCCAAAUCUAUGCCCAAUCUGGAUAAUGUGAUGCUGACUGAAACUGCCUACCCUACUGCAAACAGGACAGUCCUCCCAAAACGACGGUUAUCCAUUGAAUCCUUAUUGGAUGAGGAAAAUCAAGGCAGGAAAGUAUCUAUGAUGCAACAACAUUGCAUCUCUAAAGCUAUGAUGCCGAUUCAUAUUAAAGUGACAAACGAAAACCAGCAAAGAAUAGCAUCAAGAUUUGAAAGCUUGGAAAUGGACAGUGACCAUGAGGUAAUGGUGUCAGAUCUCAGUGACUGCAUCCCAGUUGAAGGCUCAUCCUUUUGUAGUGAAAGUGACUUUGACCAUUACUCGUUCACCUCUUCAGAAAGUUUUUAUGGCUCAGGCCACCAUGCCCAUCACCAUAAGCAUCUUCUCAGCUCCUGCAAAGGCAGGUGCCCAGCCUCUUACACAAGAUUCACCACCAUGCUGAAACAUGAAAGGGCCAAUCAAGAGAAAAAGACAGCCCCCAGGAAGCCUGAGACUGAGUCCAACCUCUCUAAGUUGGCAUUCCUUGUCAGCCCCGUGCCUUUCCGGAGGAAAAAGUGCUUGCCUCCUCAAAGAAAAACUGAGAAACCAAAAUCUAAAUCAGUGUUUGAAGCACUGGAUUCUGCACUGAAAGACAUCUAUGAUCAUAUCAAAGCAGAAAAGAGGCGCGGGAGUCUACCUGAUAACAGCAUACUACACAGAUUGAUAACUGAACUGCUUCCAGAUAUUCCUGAACGAAACUCUUCUCUCAAGGUUCUGGGGAAAAAGCAGAGUCCACAGCCUUCCGACCGGCAAGAGGAGGAGGUUAAUUUUCCUUUGUACCAGUGUGAUUAUGAAAAACAUCCCUUUAGUGCCUCUUAUCAGGACAUGGACACCAACAACAACCCAGAGAAUGAUUGCACAUACUACCAAGAUCAGGAUUCUCAAAGGAUUGUCUCAGAAAUGGGCCGAGCAACAUUAAAAGACCGUAGAGGACUGACAGAUGAACCUCGUAGGAAACCAGAAGAUAAAGAGAGACAGCCUGCUAAAGCAAUUUAUGACUUUAAGGCUCAAACAGCAAAGGAAUUACCAUUCAAGAAAGGGAGCAUUGUCUACAUUAUUAGACAAAUAGAUCAAAAUUGGUUUGAAGGUGAACACCAUGGAGUAGUUGGCAUAUUCCCCAUUUCGUAUGUUGAGAAGUUGCCACCAACUGAAAAGACACAGCCAGUGAGACCGCCUCCCCCAGCUGAGGCCCGAGAUUUUGGGGAAGCUAUUGCAAAGUAUAAUUUUAAUGCAGAUACCAACGUGGAGCUCUCACUAAAAAAGGGUGAAAGGGUCAUUCUUGUCAGGCGAGUCGAUCAAAACUGGUACGAAGGACGGAUUCCUGGAACAAAUCGCCAAGGAAUCUUCCCAAUUACAUAUGUGGACGUUCUCAAGAAACUUCAGCCAAAGAACACAGCAGAGUACCCCAAACAUUCUCUGCCCCUGAGCUUUUCCAGUGAUAGAAUUCACUGUUUGGGAUCCACAAAGUUGGCUUCAUGUCGAACGCUCAAUACAACAGCCCAAGUUCUUGGGCAUCAUCAUUCACCCUGUCCGAAUAAAUCUGCAGUCAAUGCAACCACCAAUGAAUGGAUAUCACUGACUAUUGGACUGGCCCCAGUCAACACUACAGCACCUACACCACCUUCCUUUCCCGACAGCCUGCUGUCUGAUAUAGUUACUACUUUAUCAGCCACGUCCUAUCAGUCUGACCCAACACACUCAACAAGUACUGCUUCCUAUGAUAAAUGGAGUAAUUUCAUUCCAGUCACAUCAUCAAAGAAUCUUCCCAGUUCACCUAAAAGUCUACAUCAUCCAGUUCGUCAGUCAUUGUCCCAUUCUGUCUUACCUUCACCCAUUUUUUCAUUUCACACAAUGCCCCAUGGCUAUGAUGCACACAUAAGGCAGAAAGCAGAAAAACCUCAGGAAUCCCCUCAGAGAUUCAAAGUUAUUCCCUCUCUCAAUGGUAAAACACCCAACACUAUGGAAGUUUCUUUAGUUAUUACAGAGCCAUUUGAAAGUAGCUCUUCAGAGAAAUUGCUGCUGGCCAGGGAUGAACAGGAACUUUGUGAAGAAUUACAGUCGAUCAUUGACAGAAGCCAGUCAAAGAGUGAUCAAAUUAAACACACAUGUUUCCACGGGCAUCCAAACAAGGAACUUCCAGAACUCUUUAUAGAGGAGGAUCCUAGUGAGGUCUAUAACGCACAAGGGGCACAUAGAAAGAAGCCAGUUAUGCCUGAUGACCAGAAGGCAGCAAGUAUUGAAAAUGAGACUGUAACAUCUGGAAGUAACAAAACUAUUGCUUCUCCUUCCACACUUUUGCCUGCUGCAUAUCCAUUCCCACUGUCAAAGAUCUCCUCCUCAAUACCCUUCUCUUCACCUUCACAACUCCCUCAAAGGCCCACAUUCUGCACCAGAUCUUCCAGCCAGGAAGUUAGGUUUCCAAAGUUGAAGCCUCAACAGCCUUCCCUUGUUCAUGAACGCUCACAGAUUGGAGAGCCAUACCAGGCUAUGUACAGCUACAACCCGAGAAAUGAAGACGAGCUGGAGCUGAAAGAAGGAGACAUUGUUGAUGUAAUGGAGAAGUGUGAUGAUGGCUGGUUUGUUGGAACAUCUCGACGAUCCAAGUUCUUUGGUACCUUUCCAGGAAACUAUGUGAAGCGACUAUAAAAUUUUAUACAUAAUUGUGUACACUUUGCUUUGAGUUUAGCACAAUAACUUUCUGCAGCUCUCAUUAAAAGAAGUUUCAGUCUGUAGACACUCAAAGCCACCUUUGUGACAGUUGUGUGAUUGACUACAGCUAACUUCAGAAGCAUCAUUUAACAUCAUCUUCAGUCAAGGAAUAAGGACAUUUUGAAACAUGCAACCUGGAGGUUGUUCUAUGUUCCUCUCAGGAUGUUUCGAAAACAACUGUUUUUUUUUAAGGUGCACUUACUUGAUAAAUCCUUUAUACCCCUAUAUAAGCAAAUGUAGUGAAUGCUUGUUUAUUCUUCCUGAUACAGGAGCUUACAGUGGUCUGUCACUAACAUUUAUUAUUGAUGAUUUUGUCACAGAGUAGAGAAAACACGUAACAUAUUCAACAAGUAUUACAUAAGUAACUCAUACAGCUAUGAUAAUCGCCAUUUUGCAAACUAGAGGUGAGGCCCUGUAGUCUGCUCUAUUUUUCUUCCAGUUAAUUUGCUCAGUUUUGUUUGCGGCUGAAUGAUGAGAUGCAGAAACAAUAAUGCCACAUUUUGUACAGGUUGUUUGAAAAUUGUUGCAGGUGUGUUUCUCACUUCCACACAGAUCUUUUAAUAAUGAUGGCUUAGAAUAUAUGGUAAAAAUAAGGUUUCUUGAUAGAAUAUUGAGUUGAUCAAGCAUGAGACCAUUCUUUUGAGAUAAGCUAUAUUCAGAUUCCGAAAUCCAAAUUGGCAUAUUUAAUACAUUAGGUGACUCCUUGGGCUCAGCACUUACUAAGGAAUGCAGAUGUUCAAAUGCCAUAUAAGAUUGCAGUUUGAAACUGGAUUCGGGUUGCAGUUACAGCAGCAUGAGGCAAUUUGUUUUGUCACUGUGCUCCAAUCCUACUGAAGAAGUUUUUAAAAGGGGUGACAGUGCAAAUCUUAAAAUCCACUUCUCUGAUAUCAGUUGUAUUAUUUAACAUAAUUAACAUUAUUAACAUGGAAAUGACUUUGUCAUGUUUACAUGUACUUUUAAAGCUCCUAAAAUAAUUCCCCGUUCACAAUUUGUUUAUGUGAUUGAAAAACUGAAUAGCUUCCUUCUGAUAACAUACAAUUUCCAUUCUAGCAAUUUAGGACAUGUUUUAGAAACUACUCAACAUUUGUCCAAAUGAAUGGUUCUUUUUAUUUAAGAAUUUGAGCAAUGUGGUCUCUGAAAUCAAACAUUAAACUAAACUGCCAUAGUUGGGUAUGAACACACACAGUUGGAAGGGAGAAAGAAUUGUUUGCGCUGCAGCACCUUAGUUCAAAACAAGCGUGUGUAAUUGUCCUUUUAAUUUCUUCCAUAAAUGCUUGAGUUUACUACAGUGUAUGUUGUCCACACAGUUUGUACAUAUAUAUUGUCAGCUUUAUUUUGUACAGAUGUUUUAGUUGUUGCAUUUUUUAAAAAAAAUCACUACUUUUCAGAAACUUUUAUAAGUCUCUGUCAUUCCCUUACCCCUUUUUACUAACGGCCUCUCCCAUUGCCCUGGUUGCAAGCACAUUUAGAUGGUGCAAGUGUGUACGAUAGUAUUUUAUUGCAGAAUUUUGCAAAUUGUAUUUCAACAAAUAUAGUGUUACCAGCAAAAAAAAACUAACUGUACAUAUAUCUUUAUAGUUAUUAACAGGAAAUGAGAAUAAAGGGUCUGAAUAGAUUCACCAAUACUCUUUUACAGUAUAUCUUUAUUACACCAAAACUCCAGCCUAAGAGUUGUAUAAUCUUGAAGCUUCAAAUUUUGAAUCUGUUGAACUGCAUGCAGCACAGCUGUGAAAUCAACAACUUUACUGUUGUUUUAUGAUGAAAAUGACCAUAUUUGUUGCCUGUAAAAUGAGAACUCUUUAUAUUCUCUGUAACUGAUUUUAAAAGACUUCUUUUCGUAAAUUAACAUCAGAUGAUUCAUUUUGAUGCCGUACAAUUCUUAUGGAGAAAAGAACUCACUUUUUCUGUGUUUUUUGUGAAUUUCAAUCCCUAAUAAAUUUUGCCUGAAUUGAA